AUGCCACGUAAGCUACGUAAGAAUAUACGUAAGAGGAAGAGAGCAUUGAAACAUCCAAUAGUAAAACUAACACCACAACAACAGUUGCAACAACAAAUAAUGAAUGACCCCACCAUGUUGCAACAAAUGUCAAGCAAUCCUAUGCUCUUAAACCGAGUUCUUGGUGCACAGAGUGGAGGUUUAAGAGCGGCACUUUUAGCGAAAAUGGCAGGCUAUGGUGGAGCUGCAGACGGAACAGCCUAUAACCCUCAAAGUCAAAUGAAUUUGAGUUCACUCAAAAAUCAAAUAUCAGAUGUCAAAAAGUCAAACAUAGACAUACAGAAGCAAAUAAGUGAAAACGAAAAGAAACUAGAAUAUGACAGACACACAAAGAAACUCAAUGAGUUAAACGUAGAGAAAAAGAAGAAAGAAGAACAACUGAAAGAACUAAGUACAGAGGAAUAUGCGAAAAAAGUGUCAGAAAAAGCAGCAGAAGUAGCAAAAAUGGAACAAGAUGUUGUAAAUUUGAAAAACCAUACUACUCAAUAUAAA